AUGGGACAGUUGUUGGAGGAUCUGUAUUUAUGGUCUAGUGUUACUAAACCACAGUUCUACGCCCUGGAUAAUCCUUGUUUGGAGAAGUUCCGGUUGUGUUCCACUUCCUGUUCCGUUUCUUACAUGACCGGAAGUCUGAACUGCCAAUUUUGUGUAUGUGACGAUCCUAGGUUCUCCAUCGCUUGGCCGGAGUCUACUACUGCUCUACCCGCGACGACAACGACUCCCAGGCCUACGCUCCCAGAAGGUCAAUGGAUGGCCAAUAACAUUAUUUACACUAGACUUAAACAUCCAUGUUCUGAGUUUUAUGCGGCCUGUCCACUCUUGUGCAAGAGAGAGAAUAUAACAUUCACCAAUGGAACCACAUGUGAGACGUGCACGUGUGACAGGGAUUUUUUUAACAUUCUAGGAAGACGAGAGUAUCCAGAAAAGUUCUCCUUGCAUAAGAGACAUGCAAGUAAACACAAGGAUUAUAAUAAAAUGGGACAUGUUCCGAGACCCUGUUUUCACUUUGGGUGCCCCAUCUUCCGGUGCCCCGAGGGUUUACGAUUCGCCAUAUCUCCCAGUGGAUGCGAAGAGUGCAGAUGUAUUUCGAUAGACCCUUUAACAACGACACCCGCUCAGAUUUCAACAACAGCGGCGGGAAACGAGAAUUUUAUCCAGAUGUAUUGCCGGAAGGAACCGUCUGACUGCCCUCCCGGAUGUUCUGUAGUGGACUUCCGGGUCACAGAUUGGCACUGUUACCAUUGUCAUUGUCCGGAAAACAGUUACGUAGCACUACAAAAACCAUGUGAUCAGCAGAAUUUUCUCUGUUCUACCCAAUGUACCGUCCGCCAUCUUGUCAACUCUAGAAAUCAGACGGACUCGUGCGAGUUCUGUGACUGUACAGCUUCUGCCCGAUUUGGCAGAAAACAUAAAAUAUCCAGACGAGACACUACCUGUCCCUACCAUUGUCCUCAUUACUGUCAUUAUAGCCGGCAAAAGUCUUCUGGAACGUUUGGCCAACCUUUUGGACGCCGCAAAAGACAAAGUUUGGGAUGCUACGGAGAUUGCAGUCAAUGCCCUUAUAUAAUUAUUUUACCGCGAUUUAAACUACAAACAGUACUACAACAAAACCAUAUAUCAAUUCAACAAACUGGGACACUUAAUACUCACAAAGCUACAACAUCUAAGCCGUAUAUGGAAACAUCGACAAGGUCUAUUCCAGACAUGACAACAAAAUCUCUUACAACAAAUGAACGUACAACACAUAAAACAACAACUGGAUCAAUAAUACAGAAACCUACAACAGUUGUUACAACUCGCAGCAACACACCAGGAACAACAGCAACAACAACUAGUUCAAGCACAAUAACAACAUCCACAACCUCAACGCCUAGCACAACAACAACAGUAAGGAGUACGACGGUAGCGCCACCUAUGUGUCAUACUUGUAGUAACGUGACGUGUUCGUCGGCAGAUCUACAGGAGUGUAAUACUGGAUCAGAAUAUUGCAUGAAUACGUUGAAACAACACAGUGACGGAAGCAGAACAAUUACUCGCGGUUGUGUUUCGGAGAAUGAGUGCUACAACAAAUGGUGGAUUGUCUCCGCUGAUAACCCGUCCUGUCUAUCAAAGGUGAACACGCCCACUGGAAGGCCAGGUGCACCAAUCGAAUGCAACUUCUGUUGUAAGGGGGCGGGGUGUAAUCAGUUGAUGAGAAUUCCCGACAGCUUGUUGUACACUGGGGAAGACCAUCCUUCUAAUGCAAUGGGCGGGAUUAUUCAAAUUGGUUAA